AUCUAAAUGCCAAAGUCAACCACCAUCACGCGUGGUAAACCUCAUCAGCUCGUCUUCCCCCUUUUUCUUCUUCCUCUUAAACCCUAAACCCGAAAUCGGCAGCAUUAACAGCAGCUUGCAAUCCAUUUCUAAAGAUACUAAAAAACAAGAAAAAGAAAGAAAGAUGAGAACCCUAGACGAGCAAGAAACGACGACUGUUUUCGAGAAGCUGUUCAAAUUCGUGGGCAACAACCUGAAAAACAUAGUUGACAACCCAUCCUACGAAGGGCCGGGGCAAGAUCCGAGCCCACGUCGGUACUGUUUCCGUCUCCAGAAGAACCGGGUCUACUACGCCAGCGAAUCUCUUGUGAAACGCGCAACGAACGUUUCGAAGGAGAAACUGGUUUCGUUGGGAGUACAAGUUGGGAAGUUCACCCACCAUGGAAGUUUCCAUCUUACUAUUCACGCACUCCCUUUGCUGGCCGCCAAUGCUAAGCAUAAGGUAUGGCUUAAACCCACCUCUGAGAUGUCAUUUUUGUAUGGAAACUCUAUUUUGAAGGCUCAUUUAGGCAGGAUUACUGAAGAUAUUAAUGCUGGUGAUGGUAUUGUUGUUUAUUCUAUGUCUGAUCUUCCCUUGGGUUUCGGCAUUGCCACUAAAUCCACCAAAGAUGUCCGUAAAUCCGACCCGCAAGUUAUGGUGGUUAUUCAUCAGGCUGAUAUUGGUGAGUAUUUGAGGAUGGAGGAUGAACUCUGAUUUUAAUUUAAACAUCAUUACAAGAUCAUUGCAAUGUCCAAUUCUAAUUUUUAUAUUAUGCCUGUGUUCAUUGCUUUGAUUGAUUUGUUUUAAGUUAAGUUGGCCAGUGUUGGUUUAUUACGAGUGUAAUUCUUGAUUUCAUUUUGGUUGGGGAGAUUGUGUUGUUGAUAUUGAAUUUGUGAUGGUAUUAGAUGUGCCCCAUUGCAAGGGAGAGAUUUCAAUCUGAUAUUGAAUUCUUUUAUCAAUGUUGAUCGAUUCUUGGCACAA